ACAUCUCUGUUUUCGUUCAGUUUGUUCGGACUGGAGCGCCGGAGGAGAGUCGAGUUAAAGCCGAGAUCGUCGAUUUAAAACACGGGAAUAAAAUUAUGAUCCCUUCGUAGCGACAUACUGGAAUUUGUCCGUAAUUCUAACCAUCUGAACUUUCAGUGGAUGCAUCUUCAAAGAAAUCAAGGAGCGCUCUCUCAGCCUGGCCUGCAGAGGGGGUGUGUUCUGGGACCGAUGCAGACCCCACCUCAGAUCUUCUCUGUCAGUGCCUGCGCGUGGGUCAGCAGAUUCUGUCACUUUCAACAUAUUGGCACAGCUGAGUCCUUGGAGGUGCCAGAAAAAAUGUCAGUCAGCGUCCAUGAAAACCGCAAGUCAAGGACGAGCACGGGCUCCAUGAACAUCUCCCUCUUCCACAAGCCCUCGCAUCCAGACAGCGUCCUCACGCACCUCAACACCCUUCGCAAACAGUGCAUGUUCACGGACGUGACGUUAUGGGCCGGAGACCGCUCCUUCCCCUGCCACAGGGCAGUGUUGGCAGCGUGCAGCCGCUACUUCGAGGCAAUGUUCAGUGGAGGCCUCCGUGAGAGUCUGGACAGUGACGUUAACUUCCGGGACAGUGUGCACCCAGAGGUUCUGGAGCUACUGUUGGACUUUGCAUACUCCUCACGGGUUAUCAUUAACGAGGAGAACGCAGAGUCGCUUCUCGAAGCCGGAGAUAUGCUACAGUUCCACGACAUCCGUGAUGCGGCGGCGGAGUUCCUCGAAAAGAACCUGCAUUCGUCCAACUGUUUGGGAAUGAUGCUGCUCUCCGACGCCCACCAGUGCAAGCGCCUCUAUGAACUCUCGUGGAGGAUGUGUCUGGUCCACUUUGAAGCUGUGAGGGACACGGAGGACUUCUAUGGCUUGUCUAAAGACAAGCUGCUGGACCUUAUCCUCAGCGACGAGCUGGAGAUAGAGGACGAGCAGAUUGUGUUCAAUGCAGUCAUGCGCUGGGUAAAGUAUGACUUAGACAGUCGCAGGGACUACCUUCCCGAGCUGCUCCGGGGUAUCCGUCUUGCGCUGUUACCAUCCGAGUGCCUCAUCGAGGCCGUGGCUUGCGAGGAACUGGUCAUGUCAGACAAGCGAAGCAGGCAGAUAGUGGAAGAGGCCAUUCAGUGCAAGAAGAAGAUUCUCCAGAACGAUGGAGUCGUCACCAGUCCUUGUGCCAGGCCACGCAAGGCUGGCCACACUUUGCUCAUUCUUGGGGGCCAGACCUUCAUGUGUGAUAAGAUCUACCAAGUGGAUCAUAAAGCGAAGGAAAUCAUUCCCAAGUCGGACUUGCCCAGUCCUAGGAAGGAGUUCAGCGCGUGUGCCAUUGGCUGCAAGGUUUACGUGACUGGAGGGAGAGGCUCGGAAAACGGAGUCUCAAAAGACGUAUGGAUAUAUGAUACGGUCCACGAGGAGUGGUCCAAAGGUGCCCCCAUGUUAAUUGCGCGGUUCGGUCAUGGUUCGGCCGAGUUGGAAAACUGCCUCUACGUUGUAGGAGGUCACACUGCAAUAGCUGGUGUUUUCCCUGCUUCUCCUUCAGUGUCUCUAAAGCAAGUGGAACGGUAUGACCCACUAACCAACAAAUGGACCAUGAUGGCACCGCUCCGAGAUGGUGUCAGCAAUGCGGCGGUUGUCAGUGCUAAGCUAAAGCUCUUUGUUUUUGGUGGGACUACCAUCCACAGGGACAAGGCUUCCAAAGUCCAGUGCUAUGACCCUGUAGAGAACCGCUGGACCAUAGCGGCAGAGUGCCCUCAGCCCUGGCGAUACACCGCCGCAGCAGUCUUGGGCAGCCAGAUUUUCAUCAUGGGUGGUGACACGGAGUUCACCGCCGCUUCCGCUUACCGCUUCGACUGUGAGACAAAUCUAUGGACGCGGGUAGGCGACAUGACCUCUAAACGAAUGAGCUGCCACGCUGUGGCCUCUGGUAACAAACUCUAUGUGGUUGGUGGCUACUUUGGGACACAGCGGUGCAAAACGCUGGACUGCUACGAUCCGACCUCGGACAGCUGGAACAGUAUCACUACAGUGCCUUAUUCACUGAUUCCCACUGCGUUCGUUAGCACCUGGAAACAUCUCCCUGCCUAGUAGCAUCAGAACGAAGAGGAUGGACUUGAACUGGGUGUCAUGCUCUUCCGGCCGUAGCCGACGGAUGGCAGGAGCAGGAGCUUCUCUGGGCUUGCACAAACCUAGCAUGGCCAAGCUGUGGUCAUCCUGCAGUGGGAAACGUUAGACGCCUCUCAAAAACAAACAAAAAACAAAACUACCUAGGAGUGAGUGAGUGCAGCAGAAGAACCAGAGCGCUGACGUUUGGACUGGUCAUCUCCUGACAGCACAGAGCUAACGAGCUAAUCACAUGCCAUGCGUAUCUAUUGCCAAACAGGAGGCAAUGCGGACGCACUGACCUCUUGCAUCAGUUUCUGUCGUGUUGUUUUGAAAUAGUGUUGAAAGUUUCGUGUCGUAAAACACUUCGCCGAAAGAAUUUCAGCCACGAGACCAGGCAGGGUUUCCACGCUUGCUUCACCUCCACCCACGGCGCAGUAUGUGCCCUCAGUGGGUUCUCUUACUUCCAAGGGCCUUGUGAACACUACAGUGAAAAAUCAGACCGGACUUCAGACUCCAGCCUGUGUACAGAAAUGCAGAACAUCUCAAUGAGAACGUGCAGGUUUACUCAAGCGGGUGCUGAUGUAGGAACACCUGAAUUACUUAUUUAAACAAAAAAAAAAAUGUGAAGCAGAAUUUAACCUUGUAUAAAUUCCACAGCCUGACAUUUACACUUUCUUAAAGGACUGAAGAAAUGAGAAUUUGCAGUUCAUGUAUGUGUUGGUGUAAAAAAAAAAAAGGAACGUUUGCACAUGCCGAGUUUGAUAUUGGAUGAUGAGGGUGUUUGUUACUGACCGUUUUUAUUUCCGAAUGCUUUUCUGGAACAUAUUUGAAGAAUGACCUUCACCACAGGUCUGAAGAACAGGGCAUGUUUUACCGCCAUUGGUUUUAAUGUCUUACGAACUUUUUUUUCUUUUUAAAUGGAAAGUGACUCACUGCUAAAGUUUUCCUUUUGGAAGGGCACAUUUUUUUGGGAUUAAGUAUUAGAUCCCAUAGGCCUCCUCAUGAACUGAAUUCCUGGUGCCUAAUACUGCUAGCCAUGUUUGUCGUUAAUGCACUCUGUUGUUGAAGGGUUUGAAUAAAUGACUUUCUGAUGC